AGACUGACCCUUGUUUCGGGUUAGAUCAAGUCCUUAAAACCCAUUCGUUAAGAAGAAUCUUAAACGCUUGCCAACCAAUAGAAGGAGAGAGAUAAUCAUUAAUAAUUAUUGGCUAACUACCAAUAAGGACAAGAAUGGAAUAUAAUUAACAAUUAAUUAUAUUAUUAAUAAAAAUUAAAAGUAAAAACCCUUCUCCUCCAAGGGUCUCCUUCCCCGCAUUCUCCUUCCUCUCCGUCCGCGCCGCUGAAGAACAAAAUUUUAAAACGACUCUCCCGUACUGUCCGUUCAUCGUCGUCCUUUUCUGUCGAUUGUCGCACGCCGCACCUGACGAGGAAAGCACCGACAACCACGACCGACGUCUUGUAGCUGUAGAUCUGGCGAUGAAACUUUCCACCGUCUCCUUUGAAAUCGCGGCACCCCUACUUCCACCACGACCAGCGUCUUGUGGCCGCAGUUCUCGAGGUGAAACUUCCCCACCGUGUCCAUCGCCUACGCCGAUGAAGAUCUGAUCCGCUCCAUGCCGUUGUGUCUCCCUUGUCCGUAGUUGGCUAGCGGCGAAACCCCCAACCGGCAACUGCCUUCAAGUGCUUCGACAACCACCAUCAACAAUUCUGUCAUUAAUAAUUACCAUAAUAUGAUUAAUAAUUGUAGCGUGGUCAAUUAAAAAUGUAUUAUAAUAUUGGUUGAUGAGGUAUAUUAUUAAAAUUGUAACAUUAUUUUUUAAUAACGUUGCUAAAACCUCAAAUUGAAGGAUCCUCACCGAGAAAGGAUCCCACGACUAAGGGGGGUCCUUAGUCACUUGACUAAGCCCCUCCUAGCCAUUAGAUCUGGAUACUUCAAUCCAAUGGUUAAAAAGUGGGAAGGGCUAUUUAAUUAAUGACAGGGGUAGUUUGGGUAUUAUGGAAAAUUACGAAGUAUACAAACCGGAUUUACAAUCAGUACAAACCAUACAAAUAUACGAACAGUACAAACUAGGGCGACAAAACAUACAAACAGAUUUACAAACAUUACAAACGUAUGAAGUGUACAAACAAUACAAACUAGACUGACAAACAAUACAAACCAUACAAAAAGAAAAAACACCGGGGUUGACUUUGGAGGCUCCAUCCCUAUAUAGAGGGGCUCCUUCCCAAAGUCAACCCGGGUGUUUUUUAGACAUACAAACAGUACGAACAUGGUGGACAAAAAUGACAAACUAUACCGACAAUCCAUACGAACUGAAAAAACACCCGGGUUGACUUUGGAGGCUCCAUCCCUAUAUAGAGGGGCUUCUUCCCAAAGUCAACCCGGGUGUUUUUUAGACAUAAAAAACAUUACAAACAUGGUUGACAAAAAUGACAAACUAUACCGACAAUCCAUACGAACUGAAAAAACACCCGGGUUGACUUUGGAGGCUCCAUCCCUAUAUAGAGGGGCUCCUUCCCAAAGUCAACCCGGGUGUUUUUUAGACAUAAAAAACAUUACAAACAUGGUUGACAAAAAUGAUAAACACGAUACACAAAAAUAACAAAGUUUACAAACAUUACAAAAAAAACCGACAAACAUUACAAAAUAACAAAGCGUACAAACAUUAAAAAAAACCCGACAAACAUUACAAAAUAACAAAGCGUACAAACAUUACAAAAUAAACCGACAAACAAUACAAAGCAUACUAACAGUACAAAAUCUCUCUCUCUUUUCUCUAUCUCUCUCUCUGAAUGCCAUGUCCAAACAAUUCCCCAAUUCCCCCGCAGAAUUGCCAAUUCCCCAUAUCUCUCUCUUAGCUGUUGGGGACCGAAUUCACCAGCAGCAGCCCAAAAAAGUCCUGAACAUCACGGAGGCAGGGGUCAGCUUCUCCUCCGCGAAUUUGAUCCAGAACAGAGUCAUGGCUCUCUCGCAAGGAUCAGCGGGAAGCAGUGGGUAGGAUUUGGAGAAUGAAUCGUCCACCGCUAUCGAUUCGAAAUUCACCGGUGGCAGGUACAAAUUUCACCGGCGGCCACGACCGGGGAGGGUGAGUGGUACGGGACAGAAAAUAAUCCCACCGCCUCGGAAAAUUUCCAGGACCGGCGGCAGGUACAAAAUCCCACCGGCGGCCGCGAUCGGAGAAGGCGAAUGGACAAAGCUCUUUUUUGUUUUUUUAUUUUAAUUUUUAAAUAAAUAAAUUAAGUAGUUACCAUCUUGCCCUUCAUUAAACCAGAUAAAUCUGAACCAUUAGAUUUUAAUGAGCUUCAAUGGCUGAGAUUGGCUUAGUCAUAUGACUAAGGGACCCCCCCUUAGUCACCUGAUCUUAGCCCGAUCCUCACCAUAACAGCUCCUUACUUAGUUAUUAUGUUGCCCUAAUGCCCUUAGUUGCUAAUUCCUUAGCCGUGUCCUGAACUAGAAAGGUAUGUUUUUAACAUUUAUUGUAUCGACCUACCGCAGUUGUUAAACUUUUGAGUGGUUUCCAAUGAAAGUGAUAUGAACUAAGUGAUUUUGUUCAAAAUUUUGGUCCAUCUGAUUUAAUAGCAUAUGGUUAAGUUGUAUGUCCGUUGUGCCGGCCUCUACUUCGAAAAUAUUUGUUGAAGUUGUAUGCUGCUGAUGACUUCAUUCGCGUUCGUUAAUUGUAUAUAUGUCAUUGCUUCUUCAUUGAGAAAUAGCACGGUUAAUUUUUUGGUAUAUUCAGUAUAUAUAUUGAACUGUUAAUUGUGAUAUGUAUACCAUGACUCUUUCGUUGAAACAUGAAAAUUGAUAAAUUUUAGUGCUUAAAUAGCUAUUGAGAACAUGAAUUGGUAGCAUCAUUUGCUCCUAAGCCCUAACUUUCAUGAAAUAGGGAUGGCAACAAAACCCUAACCCACGGGUAACCUACCUGAUCCAACCCAGUCAAUGCGGGUAAAACCCGCUUUGACGGGUUCCGAGCUGGAUUUGGGUUUAAACCCGUACACUAUUCACCAGAUUGGAUUUGGGUUUAGGGGUACCCGACCCAUGGAUACCCGUCCACACUUAUUUAGUCGCCCUACUCUCCCCAAACUCUACCCUAAUUCUAAUUUCCUCCAAUCUAACUCUUACUACACUUAUUCGGUGUAAAUUUAUUUAGUGUAAUUGUGAUAUGUUUGAAUUUUCUAGAAUGGAGUUUUAUGUAUGGAUAAUUUGUAUGGGGAAAUUGAUGUUUGAAUUUUAUUUUGAUAGGGACUUGAUAUUGUAAAUUUUUUACCACAAAAACCCAUGGGUACCCAUGAACCCGCGGAUACCCAGCGGGUUGGGUUUGAGUUUUUCAAACCCAAUGGGUUUUACCCCGGGUUUUUUGUGCAAUUUGGACUCGUUAUUAAGAGUUCGUACUCGUGCACGUCUUGUCAUUAUGACACUAUUAAGCAGUUUAUGUGUUUAUAUGUCUAUAUCAACCAAUGAAUCACAUAUCCUUGAAUAUUACAAGACAUUUGGAGCCCAAAUCCACCUUAUUAUACAAUUUGGACUCACUACUAAGAGUUUGUACUCGUGCACGUUUUGUCAUUAUGACACAUAUUAAGCGAUUUAUGUGUUUAUAUGAUUAAACCUAUCAUUGAAUCACAAGUCUAUGAACAAUACAAGACAUUUCGAGAGAAAAUCCACCUUAUUGUACGAUUUGGACUCAUUACUAAGAGUUCAUACUCGUGCACAUCUUGUCAUUAUGACACUAUUAAGAGGUUUAUGUGUUUAUAUGAAUAAAUCAAUCAUUGAAUC